UCCAAAAUGGCGGCCAGUUUGACAUAUUUUUGCCUGCUUAUUAUUUUAGCUAUUAUUUCAUGUAUUAACGGACAGAAAACUCCUCCUUUGGAUAAAGUAUUUCAGAGAGGGCAUACAAAUAACUGGGCAGUUUUGGUUUGCACUUCCAGGUUUUGGUUCAACUAUAGACAUAUCGCUAACGUGCUGUCUGUGUAUCGUAGUGUAAAAAGAUUGGGUAUUCCAGACAGUCAUAUUAUUCUGAUGAUGGCCGAUGAUAUGCCUUGCAAUCCAAGGAAUCCAAGACCAGGAACUGUGUUCAAUAAUGUCAAUCAGCAUAUCAAUGUCUAUGGUGAUGAUGUAGAGGUGGAUUACAGGGGAUAUGAGGUUACAGCUGAAAAUUUUAUCAGGGUUCUUACUGGACGCCUACCAGAAAGUGUACCAAGAUCUAAACGACUCCUGUCUGAUGAGAGAAGCAAUAUCUUGAUUUACAUGACAGGUCAUGGUGGAGAUGGUUUCAUCAAGUUUCAGGAUGCUGAAGAGAUAACUAGUGUAGAGCUCGGUGAUGCAUUUGAACAAAUGUGGCAAAAACAAAGAUACCAUGAAAUGUUUUUCAUUGUGGAUAGCUGUCAGGCAUAUUCCAUGACUUUAAAGAUGUAUUCUCCAAACAUUGUAGGAGUGGGUAGCAGCUUGAUUGGUGAAGAUUCACUCUCUCACCAUGACGACCCAGCCAUUGGCGUCCAUGUGAUUGACAGGUACACCUACUACCUGUUACAGUUCCUGGAAAGAAUAGGACCUUCCAGUAAAUCUACUCUUGCAGACCUGUUUGAUUACACUACUCCUAGUCUAGUUAUGUCAACCCCUGGUGUGCGUACUGAUUUAUUUAGAAGAGAUAUGCAUAAGACUCUGAUUACAGACUUCUUUGGUAGUGUACAUGAAAUUGAAAUAUCAAAUGUGACCUUUUCAGACAUCACACAAGAAAGCACAUACAGUUCUAGUAGCUGUGAUAGGGACAGCACUACACCAAGUGACAAUGAGCCUCGCCAAUUUUCAGAACAAUUCCCUCAAAUACCAACAAAGGACACAAACAAGCGAUGGCACUUCUCUCAAGAGUUCAAGGCUGGAGUCAUAGUAUUCACGUUAAUAGCUAUAAUCUCUUUACUCUUUUGAAGAUUUACUCUUUUGAAGAAAGAGUAUUUUUGAACUCUGUCAUGUCGCAAUGGUGUGCAUUUUGUGAAAGAAACUUCAGUCACAGAAUAAAUGCAACGCUGAGUAACUUUGGAUGGAAUAUUUCCCAGUUAUUCGCUGUCAAGUUGAAGGAAAAACUCAAUGCAGAGCCCUACUGACAUUCAUGUACGUUUGGUUUGGUAAAUAUACUAUACAUUGAUAUGUGCGGACUCUGAAAGAACUAUUAACUGAGUUAAUCGUAAACCACAAGAUAUAUAACAAUAUACAGAAAUUAAUUAGUAGAUUUUGUAUGCAAUUAAAUUGUUUUGACAUUAAUUAAUGAAAAGCUCUUUACCCUUAUCAA